AUGUCCCACCCAUCGCUGCUCUCCUCCAGCCUCAAUCCAUCCCCCCUGUCCUGGCACUCCAAGGAAAGGAUUCCUUCCAGCGCUGCGGAGCUUGCGGCGGAGCCCUCCCGACAUGACGGGCAGCGCUGCCAUUUUGUCGCCGGCCGCGAGGCGGGAGGAGAUUUCGUGAGGGUGAAAGAGCUCGUUCUGGACAACUGCCGGUCGUACGAAGGGAAAAUCGAGGGCCUCACGGAUGAGUUUGAGGAGCUGGAAUUCCUCAGCACAAUCAACGUCGGCUUAACCUCAGUCGCAAACUUACCAAAGUUAAACAAACUUAAGAAGCUCGAGCUGAGCGACAACAGAAUCUCAGGAGGCCUGGAAGUGUUGGCAGAGAAGUGUCCGAACCUCACGCACCUAAACCUAAGUGGCAACAAAAUUAAAGAUCUCGGGACAAUAGAACCUCUGAAAAAGUUGGAAAACCUGAAGAGCUUAGACCUGUUCAACUGCGAGGUGACCAACCUGAACGACUACCGGGAAAACGUGUUCAAGCUGCUGCCGCAGCUCACCUACCUGGACGGAUACGACCGCGACGACAAGGAGGCGCCCGACUCCGACGCCGAGGGAUACGUGGAGGGGCUGGAGGAGGAGGAGGAGGAGGAGGAUGUUUUAUCCCUAGUGAAAGAGCGGGAUGAGAAGGAAGCGCCGGAUUCUGACGCCGAGGGCUACGUGGAGGGGCUGGACGACGAGGAGGAGGAUGAGGACGAGGAGGAAUACGACGAUGACGCUCAGGUAGUGGAGGAUGAGGAGGAUGAGGAGGAGGAGGAGGAAGGGGAGGAGGAGGAUGUGAGCGGAGAGGAGGAGGAGGAUGAGGAAGGCUACAACGACGGCGAGGUGGACGACGAGGAGGACGAGGAGGAGCCCGAGGAAGAGCGGGGCCAGAAGAGGAAACGAGAGCCGGAGGAUGAGGGGGACGAGGACGACUGAGCGGCUUUUCCCCGGAGAAACAAAAUUCCCUCUUGUGAUUUGACUGUUUUUAUCCCGGAAUUCCCCCUUUUCCCACUCCCGACCCUUUGGAUUUUCCUUUUCUUUUCCUGGUUUUUUUGGUUUUUUUUUUUUUUUGUUUUUUUUGUUUUUUUCCGGAUUGUAACGUUGCCGUGGGAACCGAGCGGGAGCAGCCGGGGUGGGAAGGGAAUAAAAUCCUAUUUUUACUGCCGCUCCUCCUCCGAUUCUUUGGGAAUUUUUAUUUUUAUUUUUUUUUAUUUUUAUUUUUUUUUUUGCUUUUCCCUCGGAUCCUUUUCCUUGAAUCCCUGGAACCUGCGAGAUUCCGGUGGGAAAUCCAGCCGGGAAUUCUCGGAGCGGAGCUCGGACGUCUCGGAAGCGAAACCAGGAGAGAAAACCCAGCCGAAAUCCACGGAGCAGCCGGGAUUUUCCCGCCUCCGCCAUUCCCAAAUCCGCGGUUUUUUCAGGAAUGGCUCCUCCCUGGGGUGGCCAUGCUGCCUUGCUCCAUGGUUUUUUUUUUUGGGAAUGCUGCCAUUUCCAGCCCCUUUUCCCAACUUUGGGAAUUCCCUCUUUGUAAAUAGCGACCAAACCUUGGGGUUGUUUAUUGGUUUUUUUGGGAAUGUCAGAUUUUUCGGGAUGGCGAUCCCUGUGUGUUGUGUGUUCCCGCUUUUCCUUUCCUUUGGGAUGGGAAUUUUGGGGUUUUUAGGGAAUUUUUUAUUUUAUUUUAUUAUUUUGGGGGUUUUUUUGGGGGGUUUUUAGGGGAAUUUUUUGGGAAUUUUUGGUGGCAGCCAAAUCCCUGGAAAUGGCAGGCAUGGAAAAAAAAAUGGGAAUCUUUAUAAAAAAAAUACCCCAAAUUCCCAAAUUUCCCGACUUUGGAAUAAACCAACUCCUCCCCCCUUUCCCAAUCAGCUCCCUCUGGAAUUUCCACCCCUAAUCCAGGAAAAAAAACCGCUUGGAAAAUCCCAAUUUUUCCACCCAGAAAGCCGGGAAUUCCAGGAGAAACGCCUGAAAUUCCAUGGAAAUUCCUGAAAAUUGGAUUUUCUUACCUUGGGGGAGGCAAAAAACCUGGAAAAUCCUUGGGGAAUGUCCAGAUCCCACGGGAAAAAUCCCUUUGGAAGUGACUCGGAUUUCCUAGGAAAGCUUCCGUGUGUAGAAAUCCAGCGGCUCCAGGAUUUUUUUGGGGGGGGAAUUUGGGGGCCCGGCAGAGCCACCUUUGGAGUUUUUGUCUGUUUGGCUUUGAGGAAUUUCAAUAAAGCUUUUGAUACAAA